UCCAGGGAAGCGCGGUAGAAUGAGGGUCCGUGUUUGAGGUCUGGACUCUGCAUACAGCUGUGGUCCUUCUGUGGAUGGUAUUUCUUUACCUUCACCAUGGCUGCUCCCAUCAAAAAGCAGAAACUCCUUUAUGCCCACAGCAGCUCUCAGACGUCUCGCAGCAGGUCAUGUACGUCCACGGAGAAUGACGGAAACAGAAGUUAUGUGGAGGGAUCCAUAGUCCGCAUCUUGAUGAAAAACUUCCUAACUUAUGACUCUGCUGUGGUGUAUCCUGGACCAAGUCUGAACAUGAUUGUUGGAGCCAAUGGAACUGGAAAAUCCAGUAUUGUAUGUGCCAUCUGCCUGGGCCUGGCAGGAAAAACUGCAGUUUUGGGUAGAGGAGACAAGGUUGGACUCUAUGUCAAGCGUGGAUGCAAUAAAGGAAAUAUUGAGAUUGAACUGUACAAAAGUGGUGGUAACGUUGUGGUUAGCAGAGAGAUUUUUGUAGACAACCAGUCUCUGUGGAUGCUCAAUGGAAGACACUGCAACCAGAAAGCAGUGGAAGAGGAAGUCAAAGCCUUACACAUCCAAGUCAGCAACCUGUGCCAGUUUCUGCCUCAGGAAAAAGUGGGAGAGUUUGCCAAGAUGUCCAAAAUUGAGCUGCUUGAGGCCACUGAAAAGUCAGUGGGGCCGCCAGAGAUGUACACAUACCACUGUGAACUUAAAAACUUUCGCACCAAGGAAAGGGAACUGGAGAACGGUGUAAAAGAAAAGGCCAACUUUCUGGAGAAGGCUAAGCAGAGGAAUGAGAGGAACAAACAUGAUGUGAACCGCUACUAUGAAAAGAAAAGGCAUCUGGAUGUGAUUGAGUUGCUUGAGAAGAAGAAACCAUGGGUGGAGUACGAGACCACCCGUGAGGAGCUGGAGGGUGUGAAGAAGGAACGAGAGGAUGCAAAAAAGCAGCUCUCUGCCCUGAGGCAGGCCCAGGCCCCCAUGCUGAAGAAAAUCCAGGCGAUUGACAGUCAGCUGAAGCCAAUGGAGGCACAAAUAAAGGCUAAGACCGCUGCCAUCAAAGAAGCCUCUCUGAAGUGUAAACAGAAGCAGGAUCAGUUGGACCGAAAACAUAAAGAGAUCGAAGACAUUAAGCAAAACCUGAGACUAAAGCAAACGGAAAAGGAAGACCACCAGAAGCGAAUCAGCAACACCCGGCGGAACAUCGAGGACUUGAAGGCAGAGCUCGCCAAAGUGGCCGAUCAACCAGACGUGACGCCGCGGAUAAACGAAGUCAAUAUGGAGCUGAGGCGCAUCCAGGUGGAGAAGGCCAAGAUCGAAGGAGAGAGGGCAGACCUCCGCAGGGAGAAAGACAACCUCUGUGCUGAGUACAAAAUGUUGGAGAAGAAGCUCAAUGACAUGAAUAAUAUUAUGAAUGCAAAAGAAGAGAAGCUGCGGGGUCGUCACAAGGACACGUAUGCUGCCCUGCAGUGGCUCAGACAGAACCGACACCUGUUUGAAGGAAAUGUCCAUGAGCCACUAAUGCUGGUGAUCAAUGUGAGAGAUAGUGGCUUCGCUAAGUAUGUGGAGAACCACAUCUCUUUCCAUGACCUGCGUGCAUUUGUCUUCCAGAGAAAAGACGACAUGGAGAAGUUCAUGUCUGAGGUCCGUGACAAUAUGAACCUGAGAGUGAACUCCAUCUCUGCUCCAGAGGAUUCCUGCUCUACUAAACCCCCAUCACGAAGUAUUGAGUCUAUGAAGGGUUUUGGGUUCUUCUCUUACCUGCGUGAACUGUUUGAUGCCCCUGAAGAGGUGAUGAGUUAUCUCUGCCACCAGUACAGGGUUCAUGACGUCCCUGUGGGCAACGAUCAAACCAAAGCCAUGAUUAAAAUGGUAAUACGGGAGCCUUACAUCAAGGUAUUCUACACUAAAGAGGAGAGAUACAUGGUGAAGAGAUCCCAUUAUUCCAGUCAGAUCAGCACCAGUAACUCUGCAGUGCACCCCUCCCAGUAUCUCUUCAUAGCGGUGGACGCUGAACAAAGACGACAGCUGGAGGAGCAGAUGAAGGCCUGCCAGUCUAGGCUGCAGGAAAUUGACAAUCGGAUUAAGGCCCUGCAAAAGGAAGCUUCAGCGCUGGAUCGGCGUGACAAUGAGCUGUUGGCAGAAAAGAAGCGCUUGUCUGAGCUGAAAGGCAAAAAACGACAACUUGAGCAGAAAAUCAGCACCAAACAGGACAGUCUAAAGCAGAUGGAGAAUAGCACUAUUGACAUGAAGAAGAUUGAAGAAGAGACACGAGAAAAAAUCACAAAUGUCAAUUCUCAGAAGGUGGCCAUUGUUGGUGCAUUCAUGGCCCAGAUGAAGUUGAGAGCCAAGCUGACAAUGGAGAAGGUGUACCUGGCUCUGGAGACGGUGGGGCUGACGGCUGAGAAGACCAAGCUAGAGAAUGACUGUAGAGAAGGUGCCUCUGAACUCAAGGCCACUGAUCAAAGAUGCGCCCGUUUGGAGCAGAGGAAGAUCCACCUGACAGGACAAUGCAAAGGCCUGUUGAAGAGGGCGAAGGAGAUCUGUCGGAUGCAGGGGGAUCAGUCUUUACCUGAAGACUUACGUAAUGCUUUCAGCAAACUGCCCGACACUCCAGAUGAGAUCGAUGCCAUGUUGAAUGAGGAACAUUCCAGAGCAGAGUGUUUCACUAGCCUCAGCGAAAGUGUUGUGGAGGAGUACAACAGAAGAGAGCAAGAGAUCAAACAGUUGGAGAAGGAGCUACAAGAUAAGAACAACACCCUAAAUGCCUACCGACAGAACAUAUCAGAGGCAAAGGAUCGCUGGUUGAACCCUCUGAAGCAGCUGGUGGAACAGAUCAAUGACAGGUUCAGUGACUUCUUCCGCUCCAUGCAGUGUGCCGGAGAGGUCGAUCUGCACUCGGAGAACGAGGAGGAGUAUGACAAGUAUGGGAUCCGGAUUCGGGUGAAGUUCCACAGCCACACUCAGCUCCAUGAGCUGACGCCCCACCAUCAGAGCGGAGGUGAACGUAGUGUCUCCACGAUGCUCUACCUGAUGGCCCUGCAGGAGCUCAACCGUUGCCCCUUCAGAGUGGUGGAUGAAAUUAACCAGGGAAUGGAUCCUAUAAAUGAGAGAAGAGUCUUUGACAUCGUGGUCCGCACAGCCUGCAAGAGAACAUCCCAGUACUUCUUUAUAACACCCAAACUGCUGCAGAAUCUGCAGUACGCUGAGGAGAUGACCAUCCUGUUUGUCCACAACGGCCCCCACAUGCUUCCCCCAUGCCAGUGGGACGAGAAGGCAUUCAUCAAACAGUGUCUCGCAAGAAAAGCCAAGGAGUGAAUCCACCUGAUCUGUCUCCGUUGUAUCAUUUUAAGUUCUGCUCGGAAAUGUUUGACUUCGAGCGAUUGUUAUUAUCAGCUUUAUUUCAUGUGGAACCUGCCAUGUUUAAUAUUUUGAGAGGGUUUCAAUUUAUAAAUGUUUGUGUAAAAUCUUGAAUUAUUUAGUUUUGAUCUGUGAUCAAACUUGUUUUAUUUUCCACUACUGCUGCUCCUUCAGAGUGGUGGAUGAAUAUCUGUGGUUGUUCAAAUACAAUAUUCAAAUAAAAUGUAUAUUUUCUGUUGUCGCUUUAGA